CUCCAUUUUAACACCAAGGCGCACCGGGGUAUGGCAGAGGGGAGAAGUUUCCCCUCCACUGAACAAAGAUCCUGUGCCUAUGGACCUCCAGCAUCAGGAGCAUGACUAUUGUUCAUUUCCCGUUCCUGCGACCGUCGAUCUUUCUUUAGAUCAGACUGAAGAUCUCCGAAAGGAAGUGGAACAACUGAGGAAACAGGUGGAAGAACUGUCUGUCCGUCAGAGAUUUUGCUUGGGCAGAUUUGCUGCAUCAGACGAUGACAUACGGUUCUACACUAGGUUUGUGACUUACAAUCACUUAAUGGCGUUCUGGAGACUCAUUGAACCUGCAUCCCACAACAUGGUUCGUGUGACCAGAGCAAGGGCAGCUACAUCUAGGAGUGAAGGGUCAAUGCCUGCAGCCCAUAGAUGAGUUUUUUUUUCUCUUCAUGGUCCAUCUCUCAGUUGGUCUGACACAAAGGAAUCUGGCUCACAUAUUUGAUAUUCAUCAGUCCACCAUGAGUCACAUUAUAACAACCUGGGCAGAUUUUCUGUAUACCGUUCUUGGAUCAGUGCGCAUCUGGAUGUCUGAGGAGGCUCAGGCUCACAUGCCAAAGGAGUUCCAAGACUAUCUAGACACACAAGUGGUGAUUGACUGCACAAAGCUGCGGUGCCAAACUCCAUGCUCUCUCCUGCUUCAAAGUGAAGUGUUCUCCUCUUAUAAAUCCCACUGCACCUUCAAGGGGUUAAUUGGCAUGGGACCACAUGGCGCAGUCACCUUUGUGUCAUCCCUGUAUGCAGGAUCCAUCAGUGACAAGGAGCUUCUCAAGCAGUCUGGGAUUGUGUCUCUGCUGAAACCUGACAUGGCUAUUAUGGUCGACAAAGGUUUUCUUGUGGACGACUGUGUGCCAUGCAAAGUCUACAGACCUGCUUACCUGUCGAAAAGGGAACAGAUGUCGGCUGAUGAGGUAAAGGAAACUCAAUCCAUUGCUCGACUGAGGGUCCAUGUUGAGCGUCUCAUCCGCAGGGUGAAACAACACAAGCUGUUUGAUACAGUCAUCCCUCUUUCCAUCACAGGGAGCAUCAACCAGCUAUACACUGUUGCUUGCCUCCUUGUGAACUACCAGAAUGGCCCCUUGGUAAAAGCAUGGGCAAAGGAUUAAAGACUAGACAAGACACUUGCUG